AUUAAUUUCGUCUUGAAAUGACUAGACGGUGAAGACUGGCUAAUCGGCUCUUGAUUUCUGAGUAAUCAUUCAAAACUGUGUCGUUAAUAGAAAUACUUUGGGUAACAGAACAAUUCCAUCGUUUCUAUGAUGAAAUAGACUCGAGGAUCAGCAAUGUCUGGUCUACCGUGGGAAAGCGAGGAAAGUCAAAACUACAUUCGAGCGGAAUAUAUUCUCACUGAUGCUGUAAGAAAGGAGUUGAGGAAUUUAUUUAUUCAUGAAUGGAACAAACGUUACCAGGCUUCUCUCGAAGCAUGGGAUGACACAAACGUCAGUGGUAGUCAGUUGUUUAAUCUCGAGAAAAAACGAAGAAGGCUAAAUAAGACCAUGCUUCAGUCCAAAUUUCAAAAUGGAAAUACAAAUGAGUGGGAUUGUACCGUACUUUUUGAUGCAAUUCUUUAUUCCAAGUCAAUCGGUUGUAGUCUUAGUACAACAGAAAAGACUGAAAUCGAUAUUCUUCGAAAACUGCGAAAUGAAAUAACUCAUAAUAUACCUGACAAAGCGCUAACUGAUAAAGACUUUCAAACCAUGACUACAAAAGUUGAGAAUGCAUUGGGUGCAUUGGGUCUGUCAAUCAACGAGGUCGUUCGAAUAAAAAACCUGUUUGCGUCAUUUAUAAUUCUUCCCCCUGAACCAGCCCAUGAAGUCGUUUACCGUUCUGACAAGAUACACGAGAUAAGACAAGACCUUGAAAAGUUGCGCAGUCAUAACGAUGGCAAACUUACAUAUUUGUACAUCUCUGGGAAUCCAGGCAGUGGAAAAUCUCAACUCGCCAGACAAGUUUGUGAAGAUAUUUGCAAAGAUGUUAAUGCGAAAGACAAAGCAAUGUUUGUAAUGACAUUGAACGGAAAAGAUUUAGAUUCUCUUCUUUAUUCAUAUAAAGAUUUUUGUCGUCGGCUGAAUUGUAACGAGAGCGCAUUGCAAAGUAUUUCAAGUUCAUCUAAACCUAAAGAAGAAAAAAUAAAAGAUUUAAGAUCGCAAAUAUCUUGCAAAAUAAAAAAUUGGAAAAAGUGGUGGAUCAUCGUUGACUAUGUGGAAAAUCUAGAACUCAUAUCCCCACUACUGCCUUUGAAGGGAGACGAAGUUUGGAAGGACGACAGUACCUCAACUAAGCAUAUCUCACUUAUUCAUGGUAUGAAUGACCAAGAGUGUCGCCAGCUGCUUGUUCUAUUAUCGUGUACCGAGGUCAACGACCCAUUACUAGAUGAGAUGGCGGAGAAGUUGGAUCGUCAACCACUGGCAAUGGCCGCGGCAGCCGUGUAUAUGAGAGAAGUAACCAAUAGUUGCCCAGAUUUUUCUUGGCGAGAUUAUUUACGAAAACUUGAGAAGGGUAAAAGGGGUUUAACCGAGGAACGUCUUCGGCAAAUGAAUUCAGCGGCAUAUUCCUCCACAAUGAGCACGGCAGUGUUGCUAGCGGUUAGAAAAUGUGCAGAAAAUAACACAAUCCUGGAACACGCUUUCAACCUUUUCUCUUUGUUAUCUUUUGAACCAUUACCACUUGAUCUUGUUGUAAAAUAUAUUCAGGAGCAACAGGAGGUAGAUGCGGAGGACGUCAUUACUGCAAUAAAACUCUCCUCGCUGUUUGUUCAGGAUGGUAGCAAUGGUGAUGUCCGCCUACAUCGUGUUGUUCAUGAAGCCGUCAAAACCUUUUGUCUUUUCGAUAAAUCUAAAAAAGAUAAUACGGAAAACAAAAGUACAAGCGAGGAAGAAAAUAUAACUCACAUUUACAGGGUUGUCAAAAUAAUGAGUUACUUUAGUGAAAGAGAAGAUAAAAUCAAAUCUAUUCCGCAUUUGAAAGCAUUUCACAAAGAAAUUAUUGACAACAUUCAUUUUCCCGAUCAAGCAUUAUACUUAUUAAGCUUACGUUUCGAAAAAGCUGACAUUUCUCAAAUGUAUUUAUCUUUGGGGAGCACACUUUAUCGCUUUUCUCAGUAUGAACUGUCGAUGGAAUUUUUUCAACUGGCACUAAAAAUUCAAUUAAAUCACCUUGGUCCGAAUCAAACAGACAUAGCAGCUUUAUACAAUAACCUUGGUGUGUUGUGUAGCGAUAAAGGUGAUUUUGAUAAUGCGAAUGAUUAUUAUCAACGCGCACUGAAAAUUCAAUUAGAGCAUUUAGGACCAAACCAUACUGAUGUUGCGGGUUUGUACAACAACCUGAGUAAUAUGUGUAGCAGAAAAGGUGAUCUUGAUCAGGCUAGUGAAUACUGUCAACGGGCACUAAAAAUUCAAUUGGAACAAUUAGGACCGAAUCAUACUGACGUUGCCACUUCAUACAACAGCCUGGGCAAUGUGUGUAUCAGAAAAGUUGAAUGUUGUGCUUCGUAUAUUCAUAAAAGAGCGAUGGCAACGGUACAAACCUCAACAGGUUAUGGGCCCAGGAGAACUCUGGUCUUCGAUGGAAACGAAUCGAAGUACGAAUUAUGGGAGGUAAAGUUUUUAUCGUUUAUGCGGAUCCAAAAACUUUACAAUAUUUUUGUGCCUAGUAGCGAUGAGCGUGAGCUAGAUGAGUCGAAGAAUGCCGAUGCCUUCGCCGAACUUGUACAGUGUUUAGACGACCGAAGCUUGUCCCUAGUGAUACGGGAGGCAAAAGAUGAUGGUCGAAAGGCUUUAACCGUGCUGAGGGAACACUAUUAA